CACACACAAACUCUCUCACACGCACACACACACGCGCGCGCGCGCAGACACUCUCUCUCUCACUCACACACACACGCGCGCACGCACGCGCACACACACACACUCUCAGAGCGCGAGAGCUCGGUGAUCAUGGCGGCGGUGUCGGUGUCGGUUGUUCGCCGGUUCGUGUCUCUCUCGGUUCGGCUCGGGUCUCUGCAGCACCGGACCGCAGUGAGCACCACUUCCGGCGCCAUUCUGCCCAAACCCAAGAAAGUGUCGUUCGGUCUGCUGAGGAUCAUGAUGGUGGUCACCCCCUUCCUGUACGUCGGGACUCUCAUCAGUAAGAACUUCGCUGCUCUGCUGGAGGAACACGACAUCUUCGUCCCUGAGGAUGAUGAUGAUGACGACUGAUCCCAGACGCCGCUCAGUCUCUUCUCUUCUGAAUCCUGGACUCUGUCUUCUAUAAUAAAGAAUCUUUACUCCA